CUUUCUUUCUCAAACAUUGAACAUUCACAAUACAAAAGAGGCCAAAUGGCAGAGACGACUAAAGGGUCAGGAGCAUAUCCAAUCAAAACCAUCGUCGUUUUGGUUCAAGAGAAUCGUUCUUUCGACCAUACGCUCGGUUGGUUCAAAGAGCUAAACCAAGAAAUCGACGGUGUCACCAAGUCAAACCCUAAAUCCAACCCGGUCUCCUCCUCUGACCCAAACUCUCUCCAUGUUGUCUUUGGCGAUCAGUCUCAGUACGUUGACCCGGAUCCUGGUCACUCCAUUCAGGAUAUCUACGAACAAGUGUUUGGUAAGCCAUGGGAUGCAAGUCACCAGGAUCCAAACCCGGGUCCAGCUACCAUGUCCGGUUUCGCCCAAAACGCUGAGAGAAACAAGAAAGGGAUGUCAUCUGCAGUUAUGAACGGAUUUAAACCGGACGCUUUGCCGGUUUACAAGGAGUUGGUUCAAAACUUCGCCAUAUGUGAUAGGUGGUUUGCCUCGGUCCCGGCGUCAACGCAACCAAACCGAUUGUUCGUACAUUCAGCAACAUCACAUGGAGCAACGAGCAACGACAAGAAGCUACUAAUCGAAGGGUUUCCACAAAAGACGAUAUUCGAGUCGCUGGAUGAAGCUGGUUUUAGCUUUGGCAUUUAUCACCAAUUCCCUCCUUCUACUCUCUUCUAUAGGAAUCUGAGGAAACUGAAAUAUUUGACACAUUUUCACCAAUACGGAAUACAAUUUAAGAAAGAUUGCAAAGAAGGCAAGUUACCAAACUACGUCGUGGUCGAGCAACGUUGGUUCGAUCUAUUGUCAACGCCAGCCAACGAUGAUCAUCCAUCCCACGAUGUUUCCGAAGGUCAAAAGCUAGUGAAAGAGGUCUACGAGGCCUUGAGAUCGAGUCCUCAAUGGAACGAGAUUUUACUCAUUAUAACAUAUGAUGAGCAUGGUGGGUUUUACGACCAUGUCCCUACUCCAGUCGAAGGAGUUCCUAACCCGGACGGUUUAUUGGGACCUGAACCGUAUAAGUUUGAGUUUAACCGCCUUGGCGUUAGGGUUCCCACCUUUUUCAUCUCUCCUUGGAUUGAGCCUGGCACAGUUCUUCAUGGGCCGAAUGGACCGUACCCUAGGUCACAAUAUGAGCACUCAUCAAUUCCUGCAACGGUCAAGAAAAUUUUCAACCUCGAAGAUUUCUUGACAAAGAGAGAUUCAUGGGCUGGCUCUUUUGAAUCUGUUAUUACAAGAGAUUCACCAAGACAAGACUGCCCUGAAACAUUACCAAUUCCGGUUAAACUGAGAGCAACGGUAGCAGAAGAAAGUGCACAGUUAAGCGAGUUCCAACAAGAGCUCGUGAUAAUGGCUGCGGGAUUAAAAGGAGAUCACAAAAACGAAGAAUUGAUACACAAGCUUUGCAAAGAAACUUGCGUUGCAGAAGCUUCUAAAUACGUUACAAACGCGUUUGAUAAGUUUAUAGAAGAGGCUAGAAAGGCAAGAGAAAGAGGAUGUGAUGAAAACGAGAUUGUUUACUGCGUGGAUGAUGAGGAUGAUGAUCAUGUUGAAAUGCCAUCAUCAUCACAAUCAGAAGCACCACAUGCUGCUCCUAAGCCGAGGACUCAAAGGUCUUUUUUCAAUAAGUUAUUCUCUUGCUUUACUAGUCCUCAUGAUUAGAAGAGUAUAAGUUGAAAAGUUCAAUUUAAUUAUAGUUCUUGUUUGUCUGUGAAAACUUCAAUUUAAUUAUAGUUCUUGUUUCUCUGUGAGAGGGGAUAAACCGACAAUGUAUUGAAUGUUGUGAUGUUUUAUUUAAGAAAAUAAAGGUCCGUUAUCUCUGGCA